AAGGAUGAUUCCUUUUCUUACCAUCUCAAAAAUUCACGACUCGUCUCAGACACUUAUGUUAUAAGAAAACUGUUGAUAUCCCCAAACAAAAGGAUUAUAAUUUUACUAUUCCUCAUUAUUUUGGUAUUAAUACGAAUACGACUCGCUGACCUAUGGCUACAUAUAAUACUUCCCUUGCCACAGCUGUGACUUCAGCUUCAGUCUCUAACGAUGAAAUAUUAUAUACGGUCGCUCCUUAUAAUCCUUUUCCGGACAUGGUUUUUUCUCUUAAAUAUCAGGAUAUAAUACCGCCCGAUCCUAUUUACGAUAAUUCUGGUUCUUUUAUUAUCCCUGGGUCUAGGGAAUGGUUUACUUAUAUGUAUCAAUUGGACUUAGAUACCCGUGAUGAACGCCUUAGAAAAGCAGAUGAUGCUAAAUUUACCGCUUACAUUGAUGAACUUACUGCCGAGGGUGAGGCUUCUAGAGUUCGUUAUCAACAGUGUCUCGAAGAACGUUCAAAGAAUAUAACCGAUCUCAUAAGACAAGAAGAUAUUAGGAUUCAUGAUUUAGCCAUAUACCACGGCACUAGUCCUAAACACGUUAAAUAUCGACAACGUCAGGCAUCUGAUUUAACCAGGUGGAGCAAUUCUUAUCAUAAUUGUAUGAUGAAUGCCGAACGUCCUACCUCUUCAAACAAAAAGAAAAAGAAAAAGAAGAAACUCUUACAAUCGGAAAUAGAUUCUUUUCUCAUUAACUACCCUGGCGUAUCAUCUCCUCUUAGCUUAAUGUGUGAUACCACACGAUCAAGGUUCGAUUAUAAGGAUAAUAUACUUCCUACCAACCCAUACACGUCUGAUGACACCAAAGAAAUUGAAUACCGUCCUUCAAUACGUAAAGAUCGCACCUUUGAUAAUAACUCGAGUUCCCACGGCAUCCAUAAACGCUCUCGCCUAGAUACUUUUUUAGCUCUUGAUUCCGAGCAGGCGGGACCGUCUAAAUAA